GAAUCUGAAGGUAGCGUGCAAUAAACGCAGAUAAAGCGAAUCUUAGAUGAUUCCAUUCACCACCUUACAUAAUCUUUCCUCUCCAUCACUCCAUCGAUUUCCGAUCAACGCACCUGAAAUUGAAUUUUAUUUUCUCUCAGGGAAGUAAGUUAUCCAGUUUGACUGUUUACAAGCAUUACAAAAUGUUUUUCGAUAGAUAUGGUUACCAUGGGACAUCAUUUGAGCAGAGUUAUCGAUGUUACCCUGCAUCUUUCAUUGAAAAGCCACAAAUUGAAAGCGGUGAUAAAAUUAUCAUGCCUCCAUCUGCACUUGAUCGCUUGGCAUCUCUGCAUAUUGAUUAUCCAAUGUUAUUUGAGCUUCGGAAUGAUGCUGCUGAGCGUGCCUCCCAUUGUGGAGUGCUAGAGUUUAUCGCAGAAGAAGGCAUGAUCUAUAUGCCAUAUUGGAUGAUGGAGAAUUUGCUCCUACAGGAGGGAGAUAUUGUGAGGGUGAAAAAUGUAACUCUUCCAAAGGGUACCUAUGUUAAAUUGCAGCCCCACACAAAGGACUUUUUGGAUAUUUCAAACCCAAAAGCUAUCUUAGAGACGACACUGAGGAAUUAUUCCUGUUUGACUACUGGGGACAGUAUUAUGGUGGCAUAUAACAAUAAAAAGUACUACAUAGAUAUCAUAGAGACGAAGCCUUCCAAUGCAAUAAGUAUCAUUGAGACCGACUGUGAGGUGGAUUUUGCUCCUCCUCUCGAUUACAAAGAGCCGGAAAGGCCUGCUGUUCCGACUUCAAGCAAGGCACAAUCUCAAGUUGAAGAAGCUCCGGCAGAGACUGAACCAAAGUUCAGUGCCUUCACUGGUACAGGAAGACGGUUGGAUGGGAAACCUCUGAAGCAACAGCCUCCUCCAGUUUCUUGGUCUGGGACCAAAGACAAGGAACCUGCUGUUUCCAAUAGGAAUAAUAGGCAGCCUUCUUCAGGGGCUAGUUCACAAAGUAGCGCACGUCAGGCUCAGGGCAAGCUGGUAUUUGGAUCAAAUGUCAACCAUUCUAAGGAAACGAAACAGGAACCCGGAAAACAGGCUAAACAGGAGCAGCCUGAAAAGAAGGAAGAUCCCAAGUUCCAGCCAUUCACCGGGAGAAAGUACUCGUUAAAGGGUUGAUUAAAUCAGUCCUCAAUUUCUUAUGUUUUUUUUUUUUUUUUUGUGGCUCGUGGAAAGUGACAGAAUGAUUAUAUAUGCAUCUUGGAUGUUCUGUUAUCAAAAUACUCACCUGAGGGUUCUCAUGUCAAAAUGAAAUUCCAUUCUGUUGUGAAAGCUCGAGAGUUUUCCAUUCUGUUAAUACUCUAGGGAAGUAGGAUGAUAUUGGAAUUUGAUUCCACAACGAUUACCUUGAAUUUAUCUAUUUAUUAUGGAACAGCCAUUUCAUUUGUCUGCAA